GGGAGAGCUCGGGGGCAUAGAUAGAAAACGAGGACCCUGGGGUGCACUGAGCGUCCCGCACCCCAGAGGCUGGUUGGAGUACAUUGAUGGGGACUUGUUUUGAUUCUCGGAAGCAUAAGUGUUUUUGGAUGGCGCUGUGUCUGAGGACUCCGGCUGCUCUGAUAAUAGCCUGAGAAGACGGCAUGCUGUUCCUUCCCAGCGCCAACCCGGACCCAUUCUGAACCUUGGAUCUCAGUCCUUCAUGGAGACCAGCUCCCGGCAGGAAAUUGGCACCCAGAUGGUUCCUCCAUGUGAAGCUGUCUCUGGCUGCGGGCUGACUGGAGGACUCCUGGUGGCUAGGCCAGCCCUUUCUCAGUCAUCCGGGACAGGGCAGCAUGGUGCGGAUUCAGAGGCGGAAGCUUCUGGCGUCUUGCCUGUGCAUGACAGCUACUGUCUUUCUGAUGGUCACACUGCAGGUCGUGGUUGAGCUUGGAAGAUUUGAAAGGAAGAAGUUUGAAAAUUCCAAUUUGCAAGAUGGACAUAAAAAAGUGGAGGAAGAGCCUCACCGUCUCGACCCAUUUCCUGAAAAGGCAGCCCUAGCCUUGGGUGUGAAGAAUACAGUGGACGUUGGCAGCUACCCCAUUGUGCUGUGGUGGUCCCCACUGACAGGGGAGACUGGCAGGCUGGGCCAGUGUGGGGCAGAUGCUUGCUUCUUCACCAUCAACCGGACCUUCCAGCAGCAUCACAUGACCAAGGCCUUCCUCUUCUAUGGUACUGACUUUAACAUAGACAGCUUACCUCUGCCUCGGAAAGCCCAUCAUGACUGGGCCCUUUUCCAUGAAGAGUCCCCCAAAAACAACUAUAAGCUCUUCCACGAGCCGGUCAUCACCUUAUUCAACCACACAGCCACAUUCAGCAGGCAUUCCCACUUGCCGCUGACCACCCAGUACUUGGAGGAUGUGGGAGUCCUGAAGUCACGCAGAUACCUAGUUCCUUUGCAGUCAAAAAACAACCUAAGACAAAGACUUGCUCCGCUGGUGUACGUGCAGUCCGACUGUGAUCCACCGUCAGACAGGGACAGCUAUGUUCGGGAGCUGAUGGCUUACAUCGAAGUCGAUUCCUACGGCGAGUGUUUGCGGAACAAAGAGCUUCCUCAGCAGCUGAAAAACCCAGCCUCCAUGGACGCCGAUGGCUUCUACAGAAUCAUCGCCCAGUAUAAGUUCAUCCUGGCGUUCGAGAAUGCAGUCUGUGAUGAUUACAUCACAGAGAAGUUCUGGAGACCCCUGAAACUGGGGGUCGUCCCCGUGUAUUAUGGAUCCCCCACCAUCGCAGACUGGCUGCCAAGUAACAGAAGCGCCAUUCUUGUUUCAGAAUUUUCUCACCCCAGAGAACUGGCAAAUUUCAUUAGGCAGCUGGAUUAUGAUGACCGAUCGUAUGAGGCCUAUGUAGAAUGGAAACUGAAGGGUGAGAUCUCUAACCAGCGACUUCUGACAGCUCUCCGGGAGCGGAAGUGGGGAGUGCAAGACAUCAACCAGGACAACUACAUUGAUACGUUUGAGUGUAUGGUGUGCCACAGGGUGUGGGAAAACAGUAGGCUACAGGAGCAGGGCUUACCACCCAGACAAUGGAGGGCAGAUGCUAGCCACCUGAGUUGCCCGGAGCCAAGCCUGUUCGCCUUCUCAUCCCCAGCCGCUCCAGCCCUGCGUGGGAGAUCGUUGAGAGAGCUGUGGCUCCCCAGCUUUCAGCAGUCUAAGAGAGAAGCCCAGGCCCUAAGGUGGCUGGUGGAUAGGAAUCAAAACUUUUCGUCUGAAGAGUUUUGGGCCCUGGUCUUCAAGGACUAGUUUUACACAGUACUAGAAUGACCCAAUUAGAUGAAUUUUCUUGGAUGCCUUAAUAUUUGGAGAUAAUAGCUAUUCCGUUGAGUAUCCUUUAGAGCAAGAAUUAAUUGUAGCUGUUCUCACAAAGAGCCCUGUCAAAUAAUAGCCAUGAAUUACUUUUAGAGGUUGCCUCUAUAUUUUUAUACUUAAAAAAAAAGGAUAUUAGACUUUUUUGAGUGGACAUUGGUUGCCUUCGGUCUCUGUGUUUGGACCCAUGUGCUCGCUGUCUUCUGUGGAGACUGACCCAAGGUCAAGUGCUCUCCUGGCUGCAGAUCUAGCUGUGGAAGGGUGAUACUCACCUCCCUGUCAGCAGCUCAUUGGUGUUUGGCAAGCCCGGUUUCUUGGUGCGGAGAAUGAAUGAAGCGCAUUAGAACUUGGCAAUGAGAGAUUCCAUCUGUUCUCAGGGAUGGGGGUAAGAAAAGCUGUGUUAGGCAUCUCUGUCCUCCCAGUCCAAAGGACACAUCUUCCUUCGUCUUACACCCCCAAGCCACCUCACUAGCCAAGGGGCUCUAGUUGGCCCGAGCAUGGCACACAUGGCUCAGACAGGCCUGGCCCUUCCCCCAUUCCCUCUGUCUUGCUAAGCUGUUAGGGUAUGUUUGUAAAGCUAGCUGCCAAGGUCUGUUCCCUUAUUUGGCCACAUCACGCCCCUGAGGAUGACCACCAAGGCGCAGUUAUCGAAGCUUUUAAAGUCCAACAAUCAAAAGUCUCCUUUUGGCUGCCCUAAUUAACAUGCUCAAUCAAAGUUAAACAUCUCGUUCUAACAUAGGUGUCCCCCCUUUUUCUUUAUAAAGAAACCGUCUUACCUAUGGGUCUCCUCUCUAUUGAGAGGCAGUCUGUCCCGCUGUGGCAAAUGUCUCUUCCCUCUCAUCCUCUGUCCUUGUCUCUUGUUUCCUGUCCUUUGUCUCUCUGGGUAAAGUAAAUCUCCUUCAUGCUGAACUUGGUCUUGGGCUGUCUCGCGCCCACUUCGAUGUCCUUUCAACUAGUCUGCCUAUAUUCUCUUCACCCUCUGAUUUCGUGGCCUCCUCUGAUUUCUCUCUGAAGUGCAAUUUUCUCUAAAGUUGUGUCUCCUCCUAGUUGUUCUAUCCGUGAGAUGUCACUAAUUGUUUCUUAUACUGUGGAGCGGGAGAGGAAGAGAUGUUCGGUUCACGGCAAACAGCCAUUUGUUUUGGUCCAGGUGAUGGAAGUGAAUGCCCUGGGCUCUCCUCUGGGGUGAAUCUGAUUAUCAUUAGCACAAUGUAUACAUCCUAUCAUCAUAGGCAGGCCGUCUGCUGUUGAGUAUUGCUGGUUUCUAAUGCGGUCAGAGAAUGUUCAGCCGUAUUGUCUGGUUACCUACUGGUGCUUUCUGAAAACAAAGAAAAACAACACCGGCUUUCAGUCCAUUAGAUGGUAAGGAGACUGCUGGUCUACUUAAAAGCCUGUUGAUAACGGUUGUGUUGACGCCUGUGUUCUUAACUGUGGAAAUACAUACACCAUUGCUCUCGAACUGUGGCAGCCAGACUGUAAGAAAUGAGGAGAAAAAGCAGCAUAGUCUUUUUUUUUUUUAAGAUUUAUUUAUUAUAUAUACACAGUGGUAUACCUGCUUGUAUGCCUGCAGGUCAGAUGAGGGCACCAGAUCUCAUUACAGAUGGUUGCGAGCCACCAUGUGGUUACUGGGAAUUGAACUCAGGACCUCUGGAAGAGCAGACAGUGCUCUUAACCUCUGAGCCAUCUCUCCAGCCCCAAACAGCACAUUCUUGAUGAGUAGUAGGGUCCCCUUGCUGGUGGGAGGACCCAUCUGUGGAGAGAUUCUCCUCAACUCUACGUCUAUCACUAAUUCAACAUAAUUUUGUUUGUUUGUUUUUGUUUUUUAAGACAGGGUUUCCCUUUGUAACAACCCUGGCUGUCCUGAAUUCAAUAUGAUUUUAGGCAAGUUUCUUAACCUCCCUGGACUUUGGGUUUUAGAUCUGAAGAAGUGACUGAACUUAUCUUUGAGGAUGUAACAUUCUCUAAUUCCUCAUGAAAAUUUAAGAUGUUUAAUUUUAUAGGUGCUUUUUACUAAUGUGGGAAUAAACUGGCACUGAUGUGUGUUUUUCAAGAGAAGUAUUUUCUUUGGAGAAUGGAGCAUAUGUAUUUUACACAGGACCGAAAGGGAUUUUCUACCAUUUUAUGUAAUAACGUCAAAGCAGCGAGGUCUGAAAGGGGUUAUUGGUGUAAGGUCAGACUUUAAAGUGUAUACUGGAUGAAGUGGAAUUCUUUCUGAAUCCUCAGAAAUGGUCUACGAAAGGAUUUAUGCCUUUGAAAAAAUAAUGUAGUAGCUUUACCUUCCCUCCAUAAAUGUCUAAAACAAAUACUGAAUAUUUCAUGUGUGUCUUAAAUCUCAAUAUUUCAGGCAGUUAUUAACCUUGUGAGAACUUCAAAUAUGAUGCAUGUGUGAUGAGCAUGAUUCUCCCUCCACCUUUCCCAAUGUCCCUGCAAUGUCCACUCCUCCCAACUUUGUCUUUUAAAAAUACAUUAGAACACACGAAAUCUAGUCAGUUCUGCUCAUAUGUGCACAUGCGAGGGGCCAUACACUGGCUCAGAGGAGCACUGGCAGUGGCCACAUUCUCCCUUGGAAAUAGCUCCUCUGUAAAUAGCCUGGAGAUCAUCUUCCCCACUUUUGCAGGGACUUUGACUGACGUGAUCUAAUGCUGGUCUUGUCCAGGUAACAUGGGCUGCUGUGAGUUCAUCUGUGUGAUAGCAUGACCGUGUCCAGAGGACAGCAUUUCACCACACUCCUUCCUGCCUCCUGGCUUCUGCAUCCUUUCUAGCCCCUUUUCCUCAGUGUUUCCCAAACCUUGACCGGGGACAGGUGUUGGAGAUAGAUGUCCCAUUUAUGGCUGAGCACUCAGCUUUUUAAUUUAGCCUGCUGGCCAGCUGUGCAGCUCUCGAGUGACUGCUGCCCACUGUAAAUGGAAAUCUCUUCAACUCAGGUUCUGUUAUAGGUAUAAGCAGAAUUUAUUUCAUUUUUGUAACAAAUUAUUUUUUUUCUAGAAUUUCAUAUAUGUGUAUACUGCAUUUAUAUCAUUUCCACUGUUUUUUUGUCAGUCCCUUAAUUUCUUCCCUUCACUCACUUUCAAAUUCUUGGCUUAUUUGUUUAUAAUUAUUAAUAUUAUACAUACUCACAAAACUGAAAACAAAAUAUACAAGCAAAAUACUAACAAGACAAAAAAGUCUAUACAAAGCAAAAUGAGACAAAAGGUGUACAGAAAUGUCAUUGAGUUUGUGUUGUGAUGGCCAGCUAGUCCUGGGCAUGGGACCUACCCUGAAGUGUGGUUGAUAUGAAUAGUGAGAUUCAUUGAAUAGUGAGAUUGCAUUGAAUAGUGAGAUUGCAUUGGAAAAAGCUAAUUUUUCCUUUGCCAGCAGUUGUAAAUUAAACAUAGCUUCUAGGUUAGUGGGUAGGAGUCUGUGUACGCUUUCCCUGCUCAGUGUCGUGUUGCACAUGUACUUAUCAGGACCGGAUAACCCACGUUCACUUAUUCUCUGUAUUUUGACCUUCAUGGAUCUCUAGAGUAGCCUUCUAUGAUGAGCUCCCCCAACCAAUGAUGAGAAUUACCAUUAUCUGUGGGUAUCAGAGUAAAAGUUAGAAUACAGUUAGAAACUGUCUUGGUCUAGAAAGAUGAGAGUUGUGAGUUCUUCUCUCGAUUCAGUGACUCUCCAGACAUGGAACGUUGGCAUGAGGUUCUUAAGUCCAAUUAGUUUCCAUCAUGAUAUAAAUGCCACUCUUGUUUAUUUCCUGCCAUCUUGCUCCAUAGCAUCUUCACUCAUGUAAAACUUCCGGUUGAGCUCAUAGCCCUGUGACUGGAGAUUAUUCUAGCUGUCAGACACCAAGAGACAUUUCUUUGUGCAGUGGGUAGUAGUUAGAGCAGAAAGCCACAGCUGGUCAAAGUGCAGAGAAUGCGUGUCAGGGGAGAGCUCAGCUCCAAAUGGGACAUGUACCUCACACCCCUCCCCAAGGCUCAGGGACCAUUGAGGAAGAGGAGGCAGAAACCGUGUAAGAAGUGGAGGUCAGGGAGGACUGGAGUGAAACGAUGUCCUCUGGAUAUUACGGCCUGCUGCAUUCAUGAGCUCGCAGAAGCUCUGGUUGCCAGCACAGGAUCAAGCCGUCAUUCUAGCCUGGCGUGGGAAUGGAUUCUUGAGCCCUGACCAACAACCAAGGAGCUGUGGACAGUAGAUGUAUUCUGGGGAAGGGAGAGUCAUUUUUCUUCAAUGGUAUAGCUCCUGGUAGGUUAGCCAUGCUCAUGUGGCUCACCCCAUACCCAGGAAUGUAUGGAUAGCACUAAUUGGAUUCUCUGGGUUAUUAAAAAAAAAAAAAGAAAUGACAUUGUAGGACAUAGGUCAGGUGUAUUUGGGAAAAUAUACAGACAGGACUUGUGGGUAAAUAUUAUCAAAACACAUUGUUUGAAGUUCUCAAAGAAUUAAUAAAAAUAUUUUUACUGGAGUACAUUUCAAUGAAAAUAAAAUUUCUAUAUGGUACUAUAGAACUCUUACAUACCCAUAGAUUUGAUACUUAAAUGCUUUGAGACUAAUUUUUGAUACUUAGCAUGUGCCUCCUCUGUCUUUAGGUUUUUCUUAAUAAGAUGCCUUCUUGCUUCUGACAAUUGUGUAAGAAAUGUCUCCUCAUAUAGCAGGCCUCUGCUCUAAAUAAGAGCUGCCUUCUGAAUGCCUUUGUACUUUGCCUAUGUCUGUGCUAACAUGCCACACUUCUCUCUGUGAGCUGCCCCAAGGGGUCGCAAUAAACGCAAUGCAAGAGUCG